AUGCUGUUCCUGCUGUUGAUCCUCCUGGGGGCAGGAGGUGUGUUGUCCACCGGGAUUGGACUGUAUGUUAUCUGCUACCACCUGCUCACGGCAGACAUCCCUGCUGGCAUCAGCCACCCCCUGAAACUGCGAAUCUUUCAUUGUGUUCUCCUGCUGUUCAUGACCUGGGGGAAGGUUUUGGAGGCUCUGAAAAUCUGCUCUCUGCCCCGAUUUGUCCGUUUUAUGCAUGAUCUCAUGCCAGUAAAGCAGGAUCCAGAUGUCGUGGUCACAGACCUCCGUUUUGGAUCAAACCCUGUGAAGCUGUACCAGCCAAAGACGUCCUCCUUGACCCCCAGGACUGGCAUCAUAUUCUACCACGGUGGUGGGAUGGUCCUAGGAAGCUUGAAAUCCUAUCACCGCAUAUGCUGUCACUUGUGCAAGGUGAGCGGCUCCGUGGUUCUGUCUGUUGGAUAUCGCCAGCUCCCGGAGCACAGGUUUCCAGUGCCGGAAAUAGACUCCUUUGCAUCCACCGUCCACUUCCUGAGAUCUCUGAAGGAUUAUGGGGUGGAUCCAGCCCGAGUUGUGCUCUGUGGUGAUAGCCUGGGAGGGACAGUAGCAGCUCGGAUUUGUCAAAAACUUGAGGAAAGACAGGAUCUCCCCAAGAUCCGUGCUCAGAUUCUGAUCUAUGCCAAAAUGCAAGGCUUGUACUUCCAACUCCCUUCCUAUGAACAGAACAAGAAUGUGCCAAUGCUCACUCGUCGCUUUGCUACCUACUGCUUUUCUCAGUACAUGGAUAUCAACCCUGCCUGGGAACAUGUAAUCUUUAAAGGUGGCCAUCUGCCGACAGAAAGCUGGGAAAAGUAUAGAAAGUGGCUAGAUCCAGAAAACAUCCCACAGAGGUUUAAGCAGCGAGGAUACCGGCCAGUGUCCCGUAUGCCCCUGAAUGAGAGUGCUUACUUAGAAGUGGGUCUGCGUCUGGAAAGGGCAACUUUCCCCCUCAUGGUUGAAGACGAAGUUGUGGCUCGGGUCCCAGAAGCUUGCCUGGUGACCUGUGAGUAUGAUUUUCUGCGGGAUGACUUGCUAUUGUACAAGAAGAGGCUGGAGGACUUGGGUGUGCCAGUGACCUGGCACCACAUGGAAGAUGGCUUUCACGGAGUGCUCAAUACUCUGACCUUGAGGUUCUUUCAGUUCCCUUGCUCUGCAAGGAUUAUGAAUGUAAUCGUCCACUUUAUCAAGGGAUUGUGA